GGGCAGAUCCUUAUUCCCUUUCAGCCUUCAGCCUCGUUAACCUCGCUCGAGAACGGGGGCUACCUUACUCACUCACCCAGCGCACUGGCCUCUUAUCCUCUGCUAGUCCUCAGCCAAAUUCCACUCCAGUCCGGGACUCUACUUACUCGUUUCCCGACACUGAACAAGUGCAUAUCCGAGGCCUUCGUUCGAGACGGGCCGGGAGCGACUCCCAUGCGUGCCGGCCUGUUCCAGGUGAAGCUCGGGGGCAGGAUCGGCAUCAAAGUGCGACACUGCCUCGGUAGGGCUGACAUGGUCGAGUGUCCCUGCCGACACAGCCGCCGGCUCCUUUGCCGAGCUCCUUGUCCGCCGCUAUGGCUGUCGCUGGACAGUAUACGGUGCACACACCCCAUCCUGUCCGCGGACAUGCCUGCCUCCUGCCUGUCGAGCUUGCAAGACACUCACGUCGGCAGGUGCAGGCAGUCAUCUGCAGCUAUGGCGACUAGGAAAACGGAUGGGCCGGUCUUCCCUCGCCCAAAGUUGGGCUGGUGUCCGUACCUCCAUCCUAGAUACCCUACAUACCGCGGUGUGUGCGCCAGGCUUGUUUGGCCCCUUACGUGUGUACGCGCCGUCAGGAUGCAUGUACAUUGGCACUCGGCCCCCUCUAGGGUCUUGGCCAUCGGCUCCUGCUCCUCCCCGUCUACCUUCUCCCCUCCGCCUCUUGACUACUCAGCCCGGCCAGGUUGCCAUCCGCCCAGCUGGCCAAGCCUGCCCUUCUUCAUGUUUUAUCACGGCCACAGCCUGUGUCUCCUCGUCUUCCCAGUUCUUCAAUUCUAGGUAUUCCACAUGCAGGAAAAGCUUCCAUGGCCACAUCAUGACUCCCGGAGCGUCCCAGCACCAGUCCGUCUGAAACGGCAGCCUCCCGCCCCAAACCUUGUUCCACGAUUGGCCCGAGCAGUCUGAAAUUACUCGAGACGGUGGCGUAUGCCUCGAGCCCCGAGCACCGGCCGGUAUAUCCUCGAGUAGGAUAGGUUUUGAGAGCCUGAGGCGGCCUGCAGAUCUCCUUCUUCCAGACCUUCCAAAACCUUGUUCUUCGUCACUAUUUUUCAUCAACAAGCAUCACCCUCGUGGACGAGCGAGUGGUAACUGGCCGGGACGAGACAUGAUGGCUGGGGAACGCGAUGAGCGCACACCGGCGCUUGCUAAUGCGUCCACCACGAGCCUCGCCGGCGGCGGCGGCGGAGGUGCGGACAUCAGGAGCGCCUCUGAGGCCAUGCAGAGGGCGGCCGAGGCCAUGAUUGCCGCAACAGAGACCUUCAGGAGGCAGUUUAACGGCCAGGAAGAGUUACAGGCGCCGCGGCGGCCGCUGACCUACCACCCAUACUCGCCCGUGGCCGUCAACGAUGUGCAGCAUCAGCAUCAGCAUCAGCAUCAGCAUCAGCAUCAGCAACAGCACCGGUUGCAGCAGCGCAAGUCGAUGGGCUCGCAGCCCGGGUCGAGGACGCCGUACCAGGACUCCUACGCCCAUCCCAUGCCCAUCUCGUCCGCCAGCAGUUUGCACAACCUGAGCCGGCCUCCCACGAUCCACACGAGCCCGUACCACCACUACGCCAACCCUCCCUACACUCCUCACAUGCCAGCCGCGACAUCACUCCCUGAUUUCAUACCCAACCGGCCGGCCCUGCCGCCUUUAGUCAUGGGUCGCGAGACCAACGCUUUCGGGGCUCGGGUGCAGCGUGGUACGGCGAUAUCGGCUUAUGACGACGGCUACCAGGCUCUGCCGCCACACCGGGGCCCGGUGCCAGGCAACAUGACGCCGACAGCCGACUGGACAGCCCUCAGUGGGUCUACCCCGACCCUGGCAGCCACCUUGGGCCCGCAGCUGCCUGGGGGACCGUCACCCAACUUGUACCGCCCACCAGGUACCCCUUCUGGCCAGCACAUGGACCUGUUUGAGGCCGCGUACAAGCUCAAGGUCGAGACGCAGAGCCUCAUGGCCGGCAAGCACAGCCCCGUGCGCCCACGCUCGCCAGUGGACGAGCCAUCGCCCGUGGUGCAGAUCGGCAGAUAUACGUACAUCCGGUCCGACACGGAUGACCUCCGGACGACGCUGAUCAACACCGAUUAUGCGCCUGGUCUGGUGGGCGAUACCAGACAGCCGCCGGACAGCCCCAUAAAACCGCCGCUGGCCCCGAUGGGAGGGGCGGACGACCGGCCGUACGGCUUCACGCUGACGCGCGAGAUCGCCUUUGUGUGGAUGGUGUGCGUGUCGCAGCUGCUGAUGCUGGCGGCCAUCGGGCAGGCCAUGGUGCCGGCGCACAUCAUCGGGGAGUCGUUCCCCAACACGACCUUUGGCGACAUGGCCUGGUACUCGGCCGCGUACGGGCUGACGGCCGGCACGUUUGUGCUCCCCGCGGGCCGGCUGGGCGACCUGUUUGGCCACAAGAUGAUGUUCAUCGUCGGCUUCGUCUGGUUCGGGGUCUGGAGCCUCGCGUGCGGCUUCGCCGGCAUGGUGCAGCAGGGCGGCGGCAACGGCACCGUCUUCUUCUGCGUCUCGCGCGCCAUCCAGGGCAUCGGCCCCGCGCUGCUGGUGCCCAACGGCCAGGCCAUGCUGGGCCGCGGGUACAAGCCGGGCCCGCGCAAGAACAUGGUCAUGUGCCUGUUCGGAGCCGCGGCCCCGCUGGGCUUCGUCAUCGGCGCCGUCAUGGGCUCCAUGUUUGCCCAGUACGCCACGUGGCCGUGGGCCUUUUGGACGCUGGCCGCCGUCUGCAUCGCGCUCGCCCCCAUCAGCGGGCUCGUCAUGCCCAACACGGGCGUGACGCGGCGCAACAAGAAGGAGUCGCUGUGGUCGCAGCUCGACGCCGGCGGCAUGAUGCUGGGCGUGGCCGGGCUGGUGCUGUUCAACUUCUCCUUCAACCAGGCGCCCAUCGUGUCGUGGGGCACCCCCUACACCUACUUCAUCCUGGUCAUCGGCGUGCUGCUGAUCGGGGCCUUCAUCUUCGUCGAGACGGUGGUGCCGCACCCGCUAGUGCCCGUCAACGCCAUGAAGGCCCAGACCGUCUUCGUGCUCGCCUGCACGGGGACCGGCUGGGGCUGCUUCUCAGUCUGGGUCUUCUACGCCAUCAUGUUCCUGCAGAACCUGCGCGGCUGGGGCGCGCUGCUGACCAGCGCCGCCUUCGCCCCCGCCCCCGUCACGGGCCUGGCGGCGUCGCUGCUGACGGGCUACCUCAUGGCGCGCAUCGGCCCGCCCUGGAUCAUGUUCAUCUCCAUGUGCGCCUUCUUCGUCGGGUCGCUGCUGCUGGCCACGGCGCCCGUGGACCAGAGCUACUGGUUCAACACUUUCUUCGGCAUCCUCGUCAUGCCCUUCGGCAUGGACAUGAGCAACCCGGCCGCCGUCAUCCUGCUCAGCAACAGCGUCAGCAAGGAGCACCAGGGCAUCGCCGCCUCGCUCGUCGUCACCGUCGUCAACUACGCAAUCUCCAUCGCCCUCGGCUUCGCCGGCACCGUCGAGGUGAACCUGCACAGCAACGGCAGCGACCUGUUUGCGGGCUACCGCGGCGCCCAGUACUUUGGCCUGGGCCUGGGCGGCCUGGGCGUGCUGCUCGGCGCCGCAUUCCUGCUCCAGACCCGCGGCGCCAAGCCCAAGGGCCCGCCGCCGGGCACGUCGACCACCGGAGGGCCUGUGCCGCAAAAGGCAUGAAUGAAGAGCCAUCUUUAUCCUGUUCCAGUGAUCUUACCACGCACAUCUAUCUAUUAUUUCCUUUGUUUGCGAGGCGUGGUUAAUAUCUUUUUUUUUACCUUCUCCCUUUCAUAUCACUCCUUUUGCAAGCGCCUUCACCACAUGUCAUGUGUAUAAUACAAUCCUUUGAGUUUUGUGGCUAUUCCUUGCGAUGUGUGAUGCAUUUCUCGUAGGGCGAAAAGAGAAACACGGCUCGGGCUCGGGCUAGGUCUGAUGCUCUUCACCGAAGCGGGCUGAGAGUGCAGCGAGCUCACUUAGACCAUCAGCUACUGAAACAUGCC